AUGGCUUCUGCUCAGGACGUCUUAAUCUCCCUCCCAGUGGAUAUUCUCAUCGACAUUAUUUCCUGCCUCGAUCCCGUUUCUCUCAUCGCCCUUUCUCAAACCUCCAAGGGCCUUCGCGACUUUAUCAACCCUAUUGAACAUGACUUUCAACAGCGCCUACUCGCUCUCGAACUUCUUCCCAAGAAUGGUGGCCCGGAGCUGGACGACUACCCAGGCUACCCAUUUCGGCAACCGAAAUUUUAUCUUUUACACGAGACCAUACCACAGAUGACAAACCGUGGCCGGGACUGGUGGGCUAGCAGCUGGUACGCUUGUUUCGGUUGCAUGAAACUUCUCUCGAAUGCCAUGUUUGAUGACAGUGAGUUGUUCAACACAGCCACAAGGAAACCUUGGAUGAGAAGUUCCGAAGUGCAGAAGAUGGCCCUCACAGAUUGGAAACUUGCAACCACAACAGAGAGCAGGCUCUCAUCGAUUCAGAGGCGAGCGGAGCAAGACAGAGAACCCACCGAGCAGUACCGGCAGCAGUAUCAGACGUCCUUCCACUGGAACAAAGCAGUGAACAGGGAACUGAAUGAUGACGAAGAUGUAGAGGAAGUUCGCAGGAAGCACGAAAACUGCAUUGAAGAGACAAACCCUCACAUCGUCGGCAAGGCUCGUCACGAACGGAGGUGCGUGGAGUGUAAGUUCCAGCGCAACCUCUACCGUGACCGCCCUGCCCAUCAGCUUUUUGUGGUAACACCGAUGCCCCAAUCAUUUUCUCCCGAACGGACGUGGGUUUGGGGUUGGGCUUCAACAGGCUGUUCCCCGGUCUCUUGCCAAAAGUAUUGGUACCACCCAACUUGA